AUGCACUCUCAUAGACAAAAGUGGGGCCGCCAGACGGAUAUAGCGAGGGUGCUCGACGAUAUAGAACACGACCUCUAUCUACCGCAACGGCUAUCACUCGAUGGUGCAACUGGUACUGACGAAUCACAUGUGCAAUACGGUAUAGUCAAAGACUGCUCUGUGCUUACGUGUGGCUGCUGUAUAUCUGAAUCGCUAUUCAAUGAUUUAUGCAGGGAAACUUCGAACAAGCAAACUGCGUGUCCCAUCUGUCAGCGAGAAAAUGUUCGACUACUUUCAGCCAUCAAGCCGCUGCGAGAUUUGGCUCGUCAGAUUGACUUCUUCAGAAGUACUACCGGACAGGGCGAAAGCGAAAGCGAUGAGCUCCCCGCUAUAGUAAAGACUUCACCAUCAUCAUCAUCACUAUCGCUAACGCCAUCGCGCUCUUCCUCCACUGCUGGGCUAGAAGCUGAUAACAAGACACUAUCAGACCCUACAGUUAAGGAGAAAUCAUCACUGCUCGAACUCUUCCAUAUUGUGGCUUCGAAGAUGCAUAAUGCGAAUACAGAGGUAGGGUCGGACCACCCACUCACGACUGGCACCACCCGUGAUCAAGAAGAACACACCACUAAGGAGAAUUACUCAAGCAGCUUACUCGAGCCCAACUAUGACGACCACGCGAACUGGAAAAUCCUGGAUAAUGCCUCGAACACAAGAACUGUGCCGAUAGAUAACAACUUCUCUUUGAUGUCUACGGACGUUACAAUACCUUCCACAGCAAACUACCAAACAAAUAGUGCACAUGAUCUGGACGAAGAAAAGGAGUACUUUUUUGCCAACUGUUUCCCCAUGUACAGAAAAAAAUUUCAGUUCAACACACACCCCAAAUUCCUAGGGACGAAAUCCAAAUUAUUCAUCAACCAAAGCAUUUCUCCCGAUUGCACCAAAUUUGCUCUAAUUACUGAACACAAGUGGGAAAUUUAUUCGAUUAAUCCGAAGGACAACUCUCCUCAACUAGUAUCAUGUGGCAAGUCUAGUGGAGAAUAUGGUCCCAACUUCAACCAACUAACAGAGCAAUCGUCAUCUUCACUCUCCACUACUUCUCAAGCGUCAAAAAAGAAAAAGAAAAACUGGAGCCAACGUUUUUGCAAACUUUCCAAUGAUUUCUUGAUAAUAUCGGGUUCGCAAAACAUUCUUAAUGUACACGACAUACACCAAAACGGCAAACUCAUCUAUACCUACGUGUCGAGAUUCCCCAUCCGAUGCAUAGACAUAGAUCCAAGGUCGCAGAUAAUAGCCUACGGAAUCACCGGAAAGGAUAGACAUACAGGCGCGGAACAAGCAUUAGUCGUGAUCCAACAAAUUACCAGAAAUAAAGUGACUUUGGAGCCCGAGUUCCCCCCACCAAUCACCAUAACACUUCCAUACAGAGAUCCCAUCAAUACCAUACAACUUUCGCACGACGCCAAGUAUCUGACAUGUUCGACCGCGCUAGAGUCGCGGUUCUUGAUCAUAUCUUUGCAGAAAAUAAACGAACCAAGACUGAUAAUGAAAAGUGUUCGGUCCAUAGACACUUCCUUAGAAUCUGAAGGUAUCACUGACACAAAACUUUUCCCAGGAAAUCCAAAUCUGAUGUGUAUCACAUCAACAGCAUUCAAUUCAUCUCCACUGGUCAUAAACACCAAAAUCACCCAAAUUAACGGUGUACGGACCGUGGCACAACCAUCCAUGCUUAUAAGGGUAGAUGAGAUUGGAUGCAAGAUUCACAAGUGCGAAAUAUCACCAAGAAACGACGCAAUUGCCUUCCUCGACCGCAACGGAUCAGUUUACAUCAUGUGUGCCCCCACCAUGAUGGACAACAACGAAAAAAGAAGGACAAUCCUCGUUGAAACCGUGGCAAAUGCCUACAGGGCUUAUGAAUCAGCUACUUUGCGGUUUAACCCAGAGGGCAACAAGCUUUAUAUUCUCGACAGAAAGGGGACUUUCUUUGUGGAAGACUUUGCAUAUGGCUUGCCCCAAUCUCGCGAAAUCACCAAAUGUAAGCAAAUAUUCCACAAAUAA